UGGUGCAAGCAGAACGGGCUGGAGGAAAGGGGAGGGAGAAAACGGAGUAUCGCUAGUGUAGGCGAGGCCUGCAGGGCCUUUUAAACACUUAGCAUCAUUAUUUGUGGUACGGCAUUCAGACACUCAUCAUGGAUCCAGUGUUUGUUCCAUUUUCAAGUUCAGGGCUUCCUCAAGGGUCCAAGCUAUCUACUUACCUGACAAACCGCCGCGGCGCCGAACCAUCUGAGCUGAGUGGUAACCUGGCGAGCCUGAACCUGGAGCCGGCGCUGGGCCGGCCGGCCGGCGGCGGCCUGCCCCACUCGGCCUCCACGCCGUCGUUCGCCACCUUCAGCCCGGGCCGGACGUUUGCCACGCGCCGCGUCCCGCCCCCAGAUGGCACGCCACCUGACCCGCCCAAGGCAGGAGACGAGGCUGGAGCGGACGCCGCGCCACUAUUCGAGGAGCACGUGGGCGGCACCACCUACUACUACACGGCGGAGGAGGCGGCGGCGCAGAAGUCUGCCGAGCCGCCCACGGUCACGCCGCCGUACACCGCCUACCUGACGCCGCCGCCGCACGUGACGAGCGGCCGCGCCGCCGCCGCCCUGGCCGGGGCCGCGCGCGCCCCGGCCGGCUUCUUCGUCGGCGACCAGCUGCGCGAGCAGAUCCUCAAGCAGCAGAGCCUGGUGCUGGUGCACCCCAACCCGCAGGCGUACCCAGAGCUGCCGACUGAGCUGGAUAGUUACCACGAGUUGUGCCCGCUGGAGGCGCCCGGUCAGCCGCUCAAGUCGUCCCUCUUUGGCUGCGUCACCACCUGCUACAAGGCCACCAACGUCAAGACGGGCCAGUGCUGCUGCUUGCGCCGUAUGCACGGGCUCCGGUUGACCGGCACCAAGUGCUUGCAGGCAGUGGGAAUGUGGCGCAAAAUCAACCACAGCAGCCUGGUGACUCUGCGCGAGUUCUUCACUACCAAGGCAUUUGGCGACAACUCGGUCGUGAUGGUGUACGACUACUACCCGGGCGCGGAGACGCUGAUGGCGCGCCACUUCAGCCAGCCGCCGCAGCUGAACGGGUUCGCCGACCCGUUCCAGGACCCGAGCAUACCGCGGCCGUACAGCGCCCAGAAGAACGCCGUGCUCCGACAGAAGAGCGCGCUGAUGCCGGAGCCGCUAAUCUGGGGCUACAUCAUCCAGCUGACGGGCGUGCUGCGCCAGAUCCACUCGGCCGGGCUCGCCUGUCGUGUGCUCGAUCCCACCAAGAUCCUGAUCACAGGUCAGGACCGGCUGCACGUGAACGGCUGCGGCGUGCUGGACGUGCUGACGUUCGACAAUGGCGCCGCCAACCCGCUGGCCGUGGCUCAAGUGUACCAGCAGGAGGACUUGGUUGGCCUGGGCAAGCUGCUGCUGGCGCUCUCCUGCAACUCGGUGCUGGCCGUGCAGCGGGACAACUUCAACACCAGCAUCAGCAUCGUGGAGCGCCACUACUCGGCCGACCUCAAGGCUGUCAUCAUGAGUCUGCUGCUGUCGCCGUCGUCUGGCCGCCAGCGCAGCAUCAACGACGUGAUGCCGAUGAUCGGCGCCCGGUUCUACACGCAGCUGGACUCGUCCCACCAGCUGGCUGAGCGGCUCGAGGACGAACUGGGCCGUGAGGUGCAGAACGGUCGCCUCUUCCGGCUGCUCGCCAAGCUGUCGGCCAUCACCGAGCGGCCCGAGCUGAACCUGGAAGUCGCCUGGGCGGAGACGGGCGACCGCUACAUGCUGAAGCUGUUCCGGGACUACGUGUUCCACGCCGUCACAGAGGAUGGCCGGCCGUUCCUGGACAUGGCGCACGUGGUGCAGUGUCUUAACAAGCUGGACGCCGGCUCGGCGGACAAGAUUUGUCUGAUGUCGCGCGACAUGCAGAACGUGCUGGUCACCACCUUCUCGGAGCUGAAGCAGUGCUUCGAGCGCUCCUUCCACGAGAUCUUCGAGGCGGCGCUGGCCAAGGAGUCGCCUGCCUCCUAGCGGCCGACGGUGGAGACUGGUGCGGCAUCUGGCGGCCGCCCCCUCUCACUCUGUUCUCUGCCCUGCCGGCCGGACUCGGCGCCGCCGCCCCUGCCUGUGCUCGGCCCAGCGCAGCGGCUGCGCUCGUGGGCAGCGCGGCCCUCGAGCUCAGACUGCCGGGGCAGGACGCCUGUGGCGCGAUGAUGUCGGAGCCGGCGAGGCGCCUCGCCCAGUGAUGGGAGCGAGAUGUGAAGGCAGUCGGCCGAUUUCUGCCGAGCCGGAUCUCCGCCGCAGUUCUGUUGUCUUACCGCGCCGCUCCACUACCGCCACCUUUUCCCCCACAGUCCCACCGUGGCUGCCCUGUCUCCAGUCGGGCUGGGUUUGUCUGGCCCUCGUCCCCGGUCGCCGGCCUGUCUCGGUGGCCUGUCCCUUGCGUCCCCUGGCAGCCGCCCUUCGGGACGAGGUCCCCCCGUUCGUGCCGACCCUCCCCCGCGCGUGACCCCGCGACCUGCCGCCAUGUCGGUCCGGUCCGACCAGCUCCCCCGGCCCCUCUCUGAAUGUGAUACACUUGCGGCGCGGCUGCCCGCCGGCGGACGUGGCUCUGGCAGCCGGGUGGUUGGCGUGUGGCGCCCACCGUCGAAUCGGUCCCGCACGGCUGGCGUGAGCCGUGCGCCCCUGGCGGGAGUCGGAGCGAUACGCGGCAGCAGUGCGCUCGCCCGUGUCGGUGUUUUAGUCGCCCGCCAUGGCAGCGACAGGUUCGUGUCGUCGACAGCGCGGGUGUUUUAUCGUCGGAGUACAAAUAGGGUGUUUGGUUGUUGCGCGCGCCGUCUGGUGGUCGGCGCGGCGAGUGCGCCACGUUUUGAGCUGUGUUAGCGGGCUGCUAUAUGUAAUUGUGCAUUCUGAUGGGGCGAUUGUUUGUGAUGGCGUGCUCGCGCGGCGCGUAUGAAUUCCGUGGGGUGGGGUGUUGUAUGCCCGUAACGGUGGGCGCUAUGUUUUCGUCUCGCUUUUAAAUGGAGGCGUGCUGGUUGAAAGGACUCGCGCUGUCGGUUCAAAACUUUUGUCUAAGCCCUGCUGUGAUUCAUCUCAUCGUUACGUUCUUUUAGAUGCGUUUGAAUGCCAGUCAUGCAUCAUAUUGACGCUGUUAAAGGUGGCCGAGCGGCGUCGCCUGCUUGUGUUGAUUCCCAGAGGUGUGGUAGGAUGUGUAAAACACCAAAAUGGCCAACUGUAAAAAUGAUUAACAUGUCAAAGUAACACAAAAACACAAUAAAAUU